GAACAGAACAGCUUUCGAUCGAAAGUUCCAGGGCUGUUCUGCGUACUGUGUGUCUGACCUCGACUGUCUGCCUGUAAGCGCCCCGCACCACCACCAUGCCUGGCCACAUCGUCAAGAGCACCGGGCCCGACCCCGACCCCACCGAGUACCUGUACGUGUCCCUGGAACAGAAGCGCAUCGACCAGACCAAGCCCUACGAUGCCAAGAAGGCCUGCUGGGUGCCCUGCGAGAAGGAGGGCUACGUCCUCGGCGAGAUCCAGGGCACCAAGGGCGACCUGGUGACCGUGCUGGUGCCCGGCGGCGACACCAAGAACUUCAAGAAGGAUCUGGUGCUGCAGGUCAACCCUCCCAAGUUCGAGAAAUGCGAGGAUAUGUCCAACUUGACCUAUCUCAACGAUGCCUCCGUCCUGUACAACCUCAAGCAGCGUUACAUCACCAAGCUCAUCUACACCUACUCCGGCCUCUUCUGCGUCGCCAUCAACCCCUACAAGCGCUACCCGAUCUACACCAACCGCUGCGUCAAAAUCUACCAGGGAAAGAGGCGUAACGAAGUCCCCCCUCACAUCUUCGCCAUUUCCGACGGCGCCUACAUGGACAUGCUGCAGAACCACGAGAACCAGUCUAUGCUUAUCACAGGAGAAUCUGGUGCAGGCAAGACUGAAAAUACAAAGAAGGUCAUUGCUUACUUCGCCAAUGUCGGCGCUUCCACUAAGAAGCCCAAAGAAGGCGAGAAGAAGCAGAACCUCGAGGAUCAGAUCGUGCAGACCAACCCUGUCCUGGAAGCUUUCGGUAACGCCAAGACCGUGAGGAAUGACAACUCCUCUCGUUUCGGUAAAUUCAUCCGUAUUCACUUCGGUCCUUCUGGUAAGCUGUCCGGCGCUGAUAUCGAGACCUACCUGCUGGAGAAAGCCCGUGUCAUCUCCCAGCAGUCUUUGGAAAGGUCUUACCAUAUCUUCUACCAAAUUAUGUCCGACUAUGUGAAGCAUCUGAAGCCUUUGUGUUUCUUGUCGAAUGACAUCCACGACUAUUACUUUGUCAGUCAGGGUAAAGUAACAGUAGCAUCCAUUGACGACAAUGAGGAAAUGCAAUUCACGGAUACGGCCUUCGACGUGCUCGGCUUCUCGCAAGAGGACAAGGACAACGUGUACAAGGUGACUGCCACCGUCAUGCACUUCGGCAACCUCAAGUUCAAGCAGAGGGGUCGCGAGGAGCAGGCAGAACCCGACGGCACUGAGACCGGCGAUAUCUGCGGCAAGCUCCUGGGCAGUGACGGCGCCGAGCUGUACAAGAACCUGACGAAGCCCAAGAUCAAGGUCGGCAACGAGUUCGUGACGCAGGGCAGGAACAAGGACCAGGUGUACUACUCCGUCGGCGCCCUGGCCAAGGCCCUGUUCGACCGCAUGUUCAAGUGGCUCGUCAGGAAGUGCAACGUGACCCUCGAGACUGGCCAGAAGCGAGUCAUGUUCAUCGGCGUGCUCGACAUCGCCGGCUUCGAGAUCUUCGACUUUAAUGGCUUCGAGCAGCUUUGCAUCAAUUUCACCAACGAAAAGUUACAGCAGUUCUUCAACCACCACAUGUUUGUUCUCGAGCAAGAGGAGUACAAGCGAGAGGGCAUUAACUGGGUUUUCAUUGACUUUGGGCUAGACCUACAAGCCUGCAUUGAGCUCAUUGAGAAGCCUCUAGGUAUCCUCUCCAUCCUUGAAGAGGAGUCUAUGUUCCCUAAGGCUACAGACAAGUCCUUCGAGGAGAAGCUGAAGACUAACCACUUGGGUAAGUCUCCCAACUUCAUCAAGCCGAAGCCUCCCAAGCCGGGCCAAGCCGAGGCCCACUUCGCCAUCGUCCACUACGCCGGCACCGUCCCCUACAACCUCACCGGCUGGCUCGAGAAGAACAAGGACCCGCUCAACGACACCGUGGUCGACCAGAUCAAGAAGUCGAGCAACCAGCUGGCCGUCGAGAUCUUCGCCGACCACCCCGGGCAGUCGGGAGCAGCCGAUACCGGUGGCAAGGGCGGCAAGAGGGCGAAGGGCUCAGGCUUCCAGACUGUGUCCGGCAUGUACAAGGAGCAACUUAACAACCUGAUGACAGUGUUGAGGAGCACUUCCCCCCACUUCGUUCGUUGCAUCAUCCCUAACGAGCACAAGGAACCUGGUGUUAUCGACGCCGCUCUUGUGAUGCAUCAGCUGACCUGUAACGGUGUGCUUGAAGGCAUCCGUAUCUGUCGUAAGGGCUUCCCCAACAGGAUGGUCUACCCUGAUUUUAAGCACCGAUAUAACAUCCUAGCCCCUAAGGCAGCAGCCGCCGCCGAGGAUGACAAGAAGGCUAGCCAGGUCCUCCUCGAUUCCAUUAGCCUCGAAGCCGAAAAGUACAGGAUGGGCCACACGAAGGUGUUCUUCCGCGCCGGCGUGCUCGGCCAGCUCGAGGAGAUCCGCGACGACCGCCUCGCCAAGAUCAUCUCGUGGCUGCAGUCCUGGAUCCGAGGCUACACCAGCCGCAAGGCCUACAAGAAGCUCCAGGAGCAGCGCGUCGCCCUCAUCGUCGUGCAGCGCAACCUGAGGAAGUACCUGCAGCUCCGCACCUGGGCCUGGUACCGCCUCUGGCAGAAGGUCAAGCCCCUGCUCAACGUCACCCGUAUCGAGGACGAGAUCCGCGCCCUCGAGGAGAAGGCUGCCAAGGCUGAGGAGAACUACGAGCGCGAGUCCAAGCUCCGCAAGGAGCUGGAGGCCGCAAACCUCGCCCUGCUCGAGGAGAAGAACAACCUCAUGGUCGCCCUUGAGUCGACCAAGGGCAACGUGUCAGAGUACCUCGACAAGCAGGCCAAACUCCAGAGUCAGAAGGCCGACCUCGAGGCGCAGCUCAACGAAACCACAGAGCGCCUACAGCAGGAGGAGGAGGCCCGCAACCAGCUGUUCCAGGGUAAGAAGAAGAUCGAGCAAGAGAUCUCCGGCUUGAAGAAGGACAUCGAGGACUUGGAGCUGACGGUGCAGAAGGCUGAGCAGGACAAGGCCACCAAGGACCACCAGAUCCGGAACCUCAACGAUGAGAUCGCGCACCAGGACGAACUCAUCAACAAGAUCAACAAGGAGAAGAAGCACCUGCAGGAGUGCAACCAGAAGACGGCCGAGGACCUGCAGGGCAUCGAGGACAAGUGCAACCACCUCAACAAGGUUAAGGCCAAGCUUGAACAGACCCUCGAUGAGCUUGAGGAUUCUCUCGAGAGGGAGAAGAAGCUGCGAGGCGAGGUUGACAAGGCCAAGAGGAAGGUUGAGGGCGACCUCAAGUUGACCCAGGAAGCCGUUGCCGACUUGGAGCGCAACAAGAAGGAGCUCGAACAGACCAUCCAGCGCAAGGACAAGGAAGUCUCCUCCCUUGCAUGCAAGCUGGAGGACGAGCAGGGACUCGUCUCGAAGCUCCAGAAACAAAUCAAGGAGCUGCAGGCUCGCAUUGAGGAGCUCGAGGAGGAGCUGGAGCACGAGCGCCAGGCCCGCGCCAAGUCCGAGAAGUCCAAGACUCACCUGGGCCGCGAGCUGGAGGAGCUGGGCGAGCGCCUGGACGAGGCCGGCGGCGCCACCGCGGCGCAGAUCGAGCUCAACAAGAAGCGCGAGGCCGAGCUGGCCAAGAUCCGCCGCGACCUCGAGGAGUCCAACAUCCAGCACGAGGCCGCCCUCGCCAGCCUCCGCAAGAAGCACAAUGACGCCGUCGCCGAGAUGUCCGAGCAGAUCGACCACCUCAACAAAAUGAAGGCCAGGAUGGAGAAGGAUAAGGAGGCUCUGAAACGGGAAGCUGAUGAUGCCAGAUCUGCCACAGACGGUCUUGUUCGAGAUAAGGCCGCUGCUGAGAAGAUGAACAAGCAGCUUCAGCACCAGAUUAACGAGAUCCAGUCCAAGCUCGACGAAGCCAACCGGACCCUCAACGACUUCGACGCCACCAAGAAGAAGCUCGCCGUGGAGAACACCGACCUUCUGCGCCAGGUGGAGGAAGCGGAGAGCCAGAUCGGUCAGCUGUCGAAGCUGAAGUUGUCUCUCACCAACCAGCUCGAGGACACCAGGAAACUCGCCGACGAUGAGUGCAGGGAACGUGCAACUCUUCUCGGUAAGUUCCGCAACUUGGAGCAUGACAUCGACGGCCUCCGCGAGCAGCUGGACGAGGAGGGCGAGGCGAAGGCCGACCUGCAGCGCCAGCUCUCCAAGGCCAACGCCGAGGCCCAGAUGUGGCGCGCCAAGUACGAGUCCGAGGGCGUCGCGCGCCGAGAGCUCGAGGCAGCGCGCCUGAAGCUCGCCGCCCGCCUCGAGGAGGCCGAGCAGCAGAUCGAACAGCUGAACAUCAAGAACAUGAACCUCGAGAAGACGAAGCAGCGCAUCGCCACCGAGCUCGAGGACAUGCAGAUCGAGGUCGAGCGAGCCACGGCGCUGGCCAACGCCGCCGAAAAGAAGCAGAAGAACUUCGACAAGAUCAUCUCCGAAUGGAAGAUGAAGGUCGACGACCUCUCGGCCGAACUCGACGCCUCGCAGAAGGAAUGCCGCAACUACUCGACCGAGCUCUUCCGCAUCAAGGCCGCCUACGAGGAGAACCUGGAGCAGCUCGACUCCGUGCGCCGCGAGAACAAGAACCUCGCCGACGAGAUCAAGGACCUGAUGGACCAGAUCGGCGAGGGCGGACGAUCCCUCCACGAGAUCCAGAAGAACGCCAAGCGCCUCGAGAUCGAGAAGGAGGAACUGCAGGCCGCCCUCGAGGAAGCCGAGGCCGCCCUCGAGCAGGAGGAGAACAAGGUGCUCCGUGCACAGCUUGAGCUCAGCCAGGUCAGACAGGAGAUCGACAGGCGCAUCCAGGAGAAGGAGGAGGAGUUUGAGAACACCCGUAAAUGCCACCAGCGCGCCAUUGACUCCAUGCAAGCUUCCCUGGAGGCUGAAGCAAAGGGCAAAGCUGAAGCUCUCCGCAUGAAGAAGAAGCUCGAGUCUGACAUCAACGAGCUGGAGAUCGCCCUCGACCACUCCAACAAGGCCAACGCCGACCUCCAGAAACACAUCAAGAAGAUCCAGGGCGAGAUGAAGGAACUCCAGGCCCGCGUCGAGGAGGAGCAGCGCCUCGCGUCAGAGUACAGGGAACAGUAUGGCAUCGCAGAGCGUCGAGCCAACGCCCUGCACGGCGAGUUGGAGGAGUCCCGCACGCUCCUGGAACAGUCCGACCGCGGCCGUCGCCAGGCUGAGGCCGAGCUCGCCGAGGCCCACGACCACAUCAACGACAUCACUGCGCAGAACGGCUCCCUCACCGUCGCCAAGAGGAAGCUCGAGGGAGAAAUGCAGACCCUGCAUGCUGAUCUUGACGAGAUGUUGAACGAGGCCAAGAACUCGGAGGAGAAGGCCAAGAAGGCCAUGGUCGACGCCGCCCGCCUCGCCGACGAGCUCCGCGCCGAGCAGGAGCACGCCCAGACCCAGGAGAAGAUGCGCAAGGCCCUCGAAGUGUCCGUGAAGGAGCUCCAGGUCCGCCUGGAAGAGGUCGAGACCAACGCUCUGAAGACCGGCAAGAAGGCCGUGGCCAAGCUGGAGAGCCGCGUCAGGGAGCUGGAGAACCAGCUGGACGACGAGAGCCGCCGCCACGCCGACGCCCAGAAGAACCUGAGGAAGUGCGAGAGGCGCAUCAAGGAGCUCAGCUUCCAGUCCGACGAGGACAAGAAGAACCACGAGAGGAUGCAGGACCUGGUCGACAAGCUGCAGCAGAAGAUCAAGACGUACAAGCGCCAGAUCGAGGAGGCCGAGGAGAUCGCCGCCCUCAACCUGGCCAAGUUCCGCAAGGCCCAGCAGGAGCUGGAGGAGGCCGAGGAGCGCGUCGAGAACGCCGAGCAGGCUGCCAACAAGGCUAAGGUGAAGGGCCGCGCCAGUUCUCUGGCUCGGAUGUCCCCGCAGCCCACGGCCCAGCUGCUGCAGAGGAUGAUGCAAUAGAAACCCCCACCCCCACCCAACCCCAUCCCUCCACCCCCACCCCCA